AUGCUUGCCGCCGCCGUGGGGAGUCUCCUGCGUCCCGGCCCGGGGAGCCUCCUCCGAUGUGCCCCGGGGGCGACUCUCCGGCCCCGGGGUCUCCCCGGCUACUCCACAGGCGGGACCCCCAGGGGCUCUGGGCCCCAAGAUCCGGGAAAGGUUCACAGGUUCCCCGCCGAGCACACGCCCUCGCAAUUCGACAAGAAAAUCUUGCUGUGGACCGGACGUUUGAAAGCGAUAGAAGAGAUCCCGUCUCGGAUCCCGCCAGAAAUGAUAGAUGCUGCAAGAAACAAAGCUUGAGUGAAAGCUUGUUACAUAAUGAUUGGACGCACAAUUAUCGCAUGUUUUGCUGUGACAGCGUCAGCCAAAAGGACUGCAGAACGACAUGAAUCCUUAACAAGUUGGAACCUAGCAAAGAAAGCUAAGUGGCGUGAGGAAGCCGCACUGGCUGCACAGGCUAAGGCUAAGUGACAUUCUGAGUGACAGAGUGUUAAUCAGAAUAUCAUCUCUA